CUUGCUUUGUUUACUAUCUCUUCUGCAGUUUCCAUGGAACUUUCACUAUGUGGAGAAAGAACCGAGUCGCGCUUAGUAACACCGACAUUUGUUCCUGUUUUUACUCUUUAUAGACUCAGAUUGGGGAUAAAAAGACGAUUAAAGAAACCUCUGCAAAAUGGAAGCUUCAGCCUGGCAAACCAAGUUAUCUUCCUUCAAAGAACGUCAUCUGUACGCCUACAACAAGUCCUUGUUCUGUGAUGUAGAGUUUUCUGUGAUGGAUGCUAAUGGAGACAAAGUCCCUAUUCCAGCACACAAGUACAUCCUGGCUAUCAGUAGUCCUGUCUUUGAGGCCAUGUUCUACGGGGAAUCAGCAGAGACUGGACGAACUAUCGAUCUACCAGACUGUACCAAGGAAGGACUACAAGAAAUGCUUCUAUACGUCUAUUCAGAUGAGGUCAACUUAACCGGAAGUAAUGUUUUGCAAGUGCUCUGUCUGGCAGAGAGGUAUAUGUUGCCAUUACUGAAGGAGAAAUGUGAGGCAUAUCUUGAAAAGGAGCUUAAACCAGAAGAAGUGUUCCACGUUUUACCACAUGUACGUAACGAGAAAGUUGAACAGAAGUGCUGGGAUAUGGUGGAUAGCGAUGCUGAAAGAGCUGUGUCUUCUGAAUCAUUUCUCAAUGUUUCAAAGGAAAUGUUGGGCAAAGUGCUUGGUAGAGACACCAUGUCCAUUGAUAAAGUGGUUUUAUUACAAGCAGUGGAAAAAUGGGCCUUGAAUAAACUUAAAGAAGAAGGUUUGGAAGAGAGCAUGGAGAAUAAGAGAGCACUGAGUACUUGGGGAAGAAGUGAUCAAACUUAUUCGAUUUCCACUGAUGUCACAGAAAAAGUUGCAGAGAAGGUGGAAAUCUUCAAGGAUACGACAACUGAAUUGGUUCAGACAUUUAGUGGGUUAUGCCCCUUAAAACGCUCAGUUAGCAAUAACAGAAAAGGGAGUUAUAAAGCUAAAGUUAUUAUACCAAAUACACGGUUCGCUAAGAUAAGAAAGCCUGGAGGUGGCCGUUGGUCAUACCUUAACGGUAAGUCGGAUGCAAUUUCCUUCAAGGUUAACAAACCACUCUCCCUUGCCGGUGUCAGGCUCUUCGGUGAUGAAGGCUCUACUUACCACGUUAACCUGGCUUUAUACAAAAGUGCUCGACCAAUAAAGCAUAUUUCCUCCCCCUUUUCAACUGAAGAUGAGGAGAAAGAUGGUUAUUAUGGAUUUACCAUUCCUCACAAGCCUGUUCCUCUAGACCCAGAUGUCUUGUACACUAUUGAAGCUACCAUAUCAGGACCCUGCUCCUAUUCUGGUUUUAAGGGUGAAACUACCAUUGCAUUUGAAGAUAUUGUGAUUACGUAUCAUAACUGUAGUUAUAAGAAAUCAGAAAAUCAGACGUCAACAGAAUGGGGUCAAUUCCCAACACUGGAAUUUGAAAUUGAAGGUGGCAACUGGAAAGUAAGACGACAAUCACUAACCGAGGAUGGUAAACCAACCGUUGAGGUUAACGGGAUUGUUGUUACAUUUAUGUCGUCGGAGAAAUCACAAAAUGGCACAUCAGAAAAGAAGGGUCAAUUUCCGACACUGAUCUUUAGAAAAAAAGAUGACUUACAAAGCUAACUUAACCAGUAAGAUUGUGCUUUCCUGGAUUCUACAGUACUAUUACUGGUCUUCUUUUUUCACUUUUGUUGGGAGGAUAUAUAUAUAUAUAUAUGA